GUGCUUCAUCACAAGGCUUUGGACAAGGCUCGCUGCUGGCCAGCCUCAUUAAGCACCCUUUUAACAAGAAAACCUCGUGGGAAUUCCAGCUUACAGUCAAGGCGUCAGGAAACAGGACCACAGAGGUUACACUCUGGGAUCCUGGCCAUGAGGUUGGAUGCCUCACCUUGCUGAAAAGAGACACUGGACCUAAAUGGCGCAGCAUGACUUUGUUCCUGCUUGGCUAAAUUUCUCCACACCACAGUCAGCUAAGUCAUCUACAGCCACCUUUGAAAAACACGGAGAGCACCUACCACGAGGUGAUGGUAGAUACGGAGUAAGCCGUCGUAGACAUAAUUCCUCUGAUGGCUUUUUCAACAAUGGACCUCUGCGAACUACAGGAGAUUCCUGGCACCAGCCCUCCCUGUUUCGUCAUGAUUCUGUGGACUCUGGUGUUUCUAAGGGAGCAUAUGCUGGAAUCACAGGGACCCCGUCUGGUUGGCAUGGCUCUUCACGAGGUCAUGAUGGCAUGAACCAGCGUAGUACAAGUGGCACAGGGAACCAUCGCCACUGGAAUGGCAGCUUCUACUCUCGGAAAGGCUGUGCCUUUCAGGAAAAGCCUCCCACAGAGAUUAGGGAAGAGAAGAAAGAAGACAAAAUGGAAAAGUUGCAGUUCGAAGAAGAAGAUUUUCCUUCUUUGAAUCCAGAAGCUGGCAAACAGAAUCAGCCAUGCAGACCUAUUGGGACCCCUUCUGGAGUGUGGGAAAACCCACCUUGUGCCAAGCAAUCCUCGAAGAUGCUAGUCAUCAAAAAAGUUUCCAAAGAAGAUCCUACUGCUGCCUUCUCUGCUGCAUUCACCUCACCGGGAUCUCACCAUGCAAAUGGAAACAAAUCAUCAACUAUGGUUCCAAGUGUGUAUAAGAACCUGGUUCCUAAGCCUGCACCACCCCCUUCCAAGCCCAGUGCAUGGAAAGCUAACAGAAUGGAACACAAGUCAGGAUCCCUUUCCUCUGGUCGGGAAUCUGCAUUUACCAGUCCAAUCUCUGUUACCAAACCAGUAGUACUGGCUAGUGGCUCAAUUCUGAGCUCUCCCAAAGAGAGUCCAUCCAGCACCACUCCUCCCAUUGAGAUUAGCUCCUCUCGCCUGACCAAGUUGACCCGCCGAACUUCCGACAGGAAAAGUGAGUUCCUAAAGACUCUGAAGGAUGACCGGAACGGAGACUUCUCAGAGAACAGAGACUGUGACAAGCUGGAGGACAGCAGCACACUUGAACCAAAGGAAAAUGGAGAGGAAGGCUGUCAUCAGAAUGGUCUUGCUCAUCCUGUAGAAGAAGAAAGGGAGGUCCUCUCGCACUCUCUGGAAGCGGAACAUCGGUUACUGAAAGCAAUGGGAUGGCAAGAAUAUCCUGAAAAUGAUGAGAAUUGCCUUCCUCUCACAGAGGAUGAACUCAAAGAGUUCCACAUGAAGACAGAGCAGCUGAGAAGAAAUGGCUUUGGAAAGAAUGGCUUCUUGCAGAGCCGCAGUUCCAGCCUCUUCUCCCCUUGGAGAAGCACUUGUAAAGCAGAGUUUGAGGACUCAGACGCAGAAACCAGUAGCAGUGAAACAUCAGAUGAUGAUGCCUGGAAGUAGGGCGUGUAGAUGCUGGUAGUUAAAUCUGGUCCAGGAAACUCAGCUUACGUGUUUAGAGAGUGUACAAAAGAAAUCAUUCUUUGCCUUUGCCUUUUCCUAGGUUCUUUGUUUAUAUUUCAUGCACAAGGGAAGUAAUCAUAUCCCAAAGAGCAAUUGUCUUGUUUAGCUUUUGUUCUUUUUCCCUGUUUUCUGCUUAAUAGAAGUUUGUGGUGGGAAAGAUUUUAAAAUGCACACACGUACACAGUAUAGAUGGGGCAGUGCACAGGUGGGAGCUGGCCAUGCAGAGGAGAUACUGGUCUGCAGCAGCUUCUACUACCAGCCCUUGGGGCAUGCACCCCUGUGCUCAAGCAAUCAUUGUCAAUGACAAAGUGACUAUUGAAGUUAUAAUUGUAUUAAAUUAAUGCUAAUAAUUUGGAUAUUUUAUUUUUGGCUGCUCGGGUAACAUUAGCCCUUAACCAAGCAUACGUGGUUUUCUUUAUUUUCCCUUUUUGGGUACAGCUGUAAAAUAUUUGGAUAUAAGAAAUGUUGUUAUUCUUGCAGCCUUGAUAUUCAGGGUGGAUUGUAAAAUAUAAAUUUUUGUGAAAUUUCAAAGAUUAAGAUUAUUUUGAUAACAUUAUUUACAGAUUUAAAAGAAGUGGUUAUCACAAGCCUGUUGAGGGGGGAAAACUACUGCAUAAAAUAACUAACUUGGAAUAAAUAUUUUGCAUCAGUUUUGGA